ACACUGGACUUGUCCCAGAAGACCUCUAACUAUAAAGUGAGUUAUUGUUUAUGACCAUAUAUUAUUUAUAUUCAUGUCUUCUUGGAUGAAUUCAUACAGCUGUUUGAACUUCCAGGUUACAGAGAGAAUGAUGGAGAACAAAAGCUACUGUAAUCUGACAGACAAGUUACCCACCUUUAGUGACUCUCCCCAUAUGCAGCUAACUCGCUCUUUCUACCUGGACCCUGUUGUCACUUUCCAUCUAUAUCCAGAAGUACCUGCUCCAUCGUCUUACUCUGAAGACCUGCCAGUGCAUCCUUUUCCAACUGACCAGCUGAUUGUGGAAAACUUUGGAGAUCCUUGUUCUUUCCCUUUUCAAAUGCCAUACCCCUCUUAUGGAAGAUGUGAAUACUCCUAUGGUCCAGCAUUCAUCAGAAAAAGAAAUGAAAGAGAAAGACAGCGAGUCAAGUGUGUCAAUGAAGGCUACGCCCAGCUUCGUCAUCAUCUGCCUGAGGAAUACCUAGAGAAGCGACUUAGUAAAGUUGAAACUCUGCGAGCCGCCAUCAAGUACAUUAAUUACCUGCAGUCUCUUCUUUACAGAGAUGAAGUUGAAGGCAAGAAUAAGCCAGGGAAAGGUCAGGCCAUUGUGGCAACUACCAGUCAUCAGAUGGACCCCAUUUUUAAAAUUGUGUAAGGAAGGCCAAGGUCCAAAAAAGCAGUUUCCUAAAGGCACAGUGUUUACAGAAUCAUGCCAUGCCCCUUCCCAGACUUGAUGGUAUUGUUGGUAGAAACUUAUCACCAGAAGCAA